AAUCUUAACUUAACUUUACUUAUUCAACGAAUAUGACAAUAAUGAUAUAAUACAUUCAUGAGCAGUUGCAACUUGUGUAAAAGACAUUUACCCUAACAAAAAUGUCAGUUAUAAUAGAAACAUCCAUUGGAGAUUUAACUGUAGACCUCUACACAGAUGAAAGAUCAAGAUGUAAGUUUGAGAAAAUCUUGCGACUCUCAUUCACUGACUCAACUGAACACUCAAACUUUACUUUACUAUUAGACUAUUACUAUUAAUUAUAAUAUAACUAUUUAAUAAAAUUUAGUCUAAAGUAAAGUUAAAGACUCCUUCUUUAUUCUUUACUUAGACUUAGUACUCUUUCUUUACUCUUAGACAUCAUGUUGAUUCAUAUACAAAUAGACUGAAUGAGUUUGAAAUACACUGAAUGAGUUUGAGUUUUGACUCAUUAACUCUAAUUAAUUAAGACUUGGUUAGGACUUUUAAUUUUAAGGUUUAAGUUUUUACUACUUAGACAGACAACCUCAUACUACCGUAUGACUCAUACUAACUUUUUUACACUACUAACACCAUUCACUAUGCCAUACUGCCCAUUCCAUACCACUAUGGCGUCUAUGGCCAUGUCUUUUUUUCCCUUCUAUUUUUAAUUAAGCCUUAGCUUUUAAGUUAAAAGCUAAGACUAAGACCUCAAGUUUUAAAUGUACUUCUACAAUCUGCUAAGGUUGAGGAGUUAGUGGUUGUAAGGCCAGCAAUGUCUACUUUAUAGUAUAUAGUAAAGGCCUAAAGUUUAUUCCCUCCAUUGUAGUCAGUAAAUUAAAUUAUAAUACCGGUAGUAAUUUUAUUGCCUCAGAUUUGCUAUUGUUUAGUUAGUUACUGCUGGAUCUAGGGGACUAGGAUUAGUCAUCGCAUCUUAUAAAUUUGCCUCGUAAAAUUUCUAUCAGGAUGAAUUUCUAUGCAAAAUCAGUACCGUAAUGGCAGGUAUUCUUAUUUUACAUUGAAUUGUUUAGCUUUGUGUUUUUUUACAGGUAUUAAAAAAAAUUAAUAAAAUGUCAACUUUUAACAAUAUUUUCCGAUAGAUAUAUUUAUGAGGAUCAUAUAAAUAGUUAAGGCUAUGGGGCGAAAGUAAGCGAAAUCUGAAAAUAUUUUAUUGAAUUGGAAAUAACCACUGUACACUGUAAGGUGGCCUUUUAUCCUGAAUAUAGUGAAACAGAGAAUCUGAGGAUUGGGUCAACAAUGAUAGUGAUUUGCAACCACUACAGCUUUAAUAGAUCAAGACAUUGUAUUUCUAUUAUUGAUAAUCUGGAGAAGGAGAAGCAACCUGAACAAAGUCUAGUAAUAAAACAUGCAAAGCUGUAAUAGUUUAGAGAAAGGCGUGGGAGAAGUGGAUGGUGCCAGUUAGUGCAUUUUUUAAAAGUUAGGUAAAAUAUGGGAUUUGGUUUGCAUAAACUGUAAUGUGUAUGUAUUUAUGGGUACUAUGAGUGUGUACAAGUAUGGACACUAUGUGUGUAUGAGUAUGGACACUGUGUGUAUGAGUAUGGACACUAUUUUUGUGUGUGUUUAAAUGUCCAUUUUGAAGAAUUGCGGUUAUUAGAAUCACAGUUUAAUAUAAUCAAUAGGCACAGACACUAGUUUAUGGGUUGUAACAUAUUUUCAUUGGUCAACAGAUACAAAGUAACUGUGGCUAGAUAAAUAUGGAGGUCUAAUAACCAAUUUUGAUUAAUGUUAGAUAGGGAAGGUUAAUGAAAUACCCUUAUGUGAAAUCCAAUUUCUUGAAAAAGUUUUGAGGUGUAUAUCUAUAUCAAGGAUUACAAGCUUUUGAAAAUGCCGAUGAAACAUAAGAAAACAGCAUUGUUACCCUUAAAUUUUCUAAGAGCUGUCAUAUUGCAUUUUUUUUUCAGGUUGUAUAAAUUUCUUGAAGUUGUGCAAGAUCAAAUAUUAUAAUUUUUCAUUGUUUCAUACUGUACAGGUAAAUAUUUUCUUAAGUUAAAGUCAGUGUAUAAAUUCUUAGAUAAACAUUCAGUUUAAAUAGAGUUUCCAUUUUAAGACUGUUUGUUUUAGGUUAAACAGAUUUUUGUCUGGUACAUUAGUAUUACUCAUCCUUGUCACUGUCACAUCUGUUUAAAAAUAUAAAAAAAAUUCAUCCUUUGGUUUAACAAUGAAAAAUUCCUUUCUCAACAAGUUAAAUCUGUUAUUUAUUAAUUUUAUUUAUUUAAUUCAAUGCAGCAAAAUCUUGUUGCUCAAACUGGCGAUCCUACAGCUACAGGAAGAGGAGGUGAAUCCAUUUUUGCGUAAGAGAAGUGUUAACAAAAUUGUACAAGUUUUUUCAUUUGUUUUAAAUUUCAAAAGUUUUUAUUGACUCAAAAUUCAGAAAAAUUCAGUUAGAAAGAUUGAUAUCAAAAUAUUGACUUUCUGGACUGGACUAAAUGACUGUGGCUCUUUAAUAAACAGAAUUGUUCAUAACCACUGUUUUAAAAUCAUAUUUAAAAAAUUCUUAAAAGAUAUAAAUGAAUAGAGUCCACAAAAAGGAUCUUUCAUUACCUCCUCAAAAAUUCCGUUUACACAAAAAAUCAUAACGAAUGAACAUAUUUUUCAAGGAAUUCCUUAUUGUACAGGGGUUGAAUUUGGGAAGUUUCCAUCUGAUUACCCGGUACGCAAUAUGUUCAUUGAAAAGAAGGUGUCGCAUUUAUUACGUUACUAAGUAAUUAUUAAGUAAUUAUUAAGUAAUUAUUUAGUAGUUAUUAAGUAAUAUUAUUAAGUAAUUAUUAAGUAGUUACUAAGUAAUAUUAUUAAGUAAUUUAGUUUACAUAAUGCUGUUAAUUUACAUUAUAGUAUUAUAGAGAAAAUAUAGCAUGAUAAAAUUAGGAAUUAAAUUAAUUUUUGUAAAAUCUACUUAUGGCUAUAAUGCAGACGGUUAUAUGGAGAACAGGCAAGAUUUUUUGAUAUGGAAGUUACGCCUCGCAUUAAACACUCCAAGAAAGGGCUCAUAUCUAUGGUCAACAAUGGCAGUGGAAUGCAUGGAUCUCAGGUUAGUUCUUAACCAAAAUAUGUGGAUUGUCUUAUUCCUAAACAACUACUAUGUGUUUUUAAGAUUUACAGAUUUUAGUUUGUUAUACAUGAACAAAUAUUUUAUUUUGUAAAAUUUUCUUGAUUUCAAUGAAAUCUGGAGCUAACUGCUUUCGGUUGCAAGUAAAGUUCUUAAAGUAGUAAGAAAGGAAGUGUAUUAUCUUGAUUAAACAAAGAUUGUGGAUAGAAUCUAAGUACAUAUUUAAUGUAUUUUAUGGUACUGUACCAUACUCUGUAUUACAUUAUGCUUUUAACUGUGAUGGCUUUGUCUACCUUAACAAACUGCACAAGCUGCCAUGUUUUAUUGAUAAAAUAGAAUUGAAUUCACAGCUUGUGCUGUCUUUUUUAGUUUUUCUUCACACUUGCUGACAACCUGGACUACCUUGACGGCAAGCACACAGUUUUUGGUGAAGUUACUGAAGGCUUUGAGAUCCUCGACAAACUGAACAAUACAUUUUGUGGAGAGGAUAACAGGCCGCACCAAGACAUCAGGUAAGAAACCAGACAUUACUGCCAUGGGUGGCUUUCGUUGUGGACGCUGGUAGAAAGUACACUUUAUUUGUCUUGCAGGCAUAAGUCGUCAUUUUCAAUACAUCAAUGAGAAAAGUAUGAUUGGUGGUUUGCAAGGGUUAGGCAACCUAGGUGCUUGAUAUGGUACCAUGUACUUUAAGGGUAUGGUUAGACAUGGGUUUUAUGUUGAUAUUAUGGGGGUUAACUUAAAUACCUACAGUUUUAUAAUAUUUUGUGUGUAAGAAGAAUACCUUACUAUUUUUAGUUGUUAUAGAAGAAUUGUCAUAGAAAUAUUUGCCUUGUUAAGGGUAAUCUUAUUAUGAGUCUUUUUAAUUCUUGUCAAUGCAAAUGAUACAAAAUUAUUUUGUUGCCAUCUUUAGUUUAACCAGUGAUAUUAAACUCCAUCAUAUUUCAGUUGUUUCUAUCAAGAAUGCAAGAAUGCACCAAAUAUUAUACCACUUCACAUAAACAUUCUUGAUUAUUUCUACAGGAUAUAUCACACCAUCAUUCUAGAUGACCCUUAUGAUGAUCCUGAUGGUUUGGUUGUUCCUGCAACAUCUCCUGGUCCAACAGAGGAAAUGUUAAAUGUAGGAAAAUAGAUAUUAGGAUUGAUGAAUUUUAAAAAAAAAAAAAAUUUAAUCAUGCUAAUCAAAAAUUGACUUUUGUUUUAAAUGAAGUAAGAUCAAUACAGUUUUUAUGGUAGCAAGGAUCUUCCAUUUAUUUAUUAUUUUCAGUUCAUGAAAUUUUUUUGAAUCAGUCAAUUGAGUUUUUAAUUUGAUCCUGGAGAUCACCUGGGAAGAAUCAAGCAAGAAGCCAAUGAUUCUUCCUUGCUUAAUUAGUGGAGGGGUAGACAAAAAAGUUUAUGCUUUGAAUCUCUCCUGGGGAAAAAAACCAAUAAAGAGAAAACUGGUAUUUUCAGACAAAUUUAUUUGCUUUUUUUUUCUUUCUGAUUGCAAACUCAAAUAAUUUUAAAAAUAUUUACUCUCCAGAGUGACCACAUUCCAUGUGAUGCUGACAUUGAUAAGGACAAGGAUAAGACAGAGGAAGAACUGGCUGAGAUAAUGGCAGAAAAGGAAGCUAAGGCCAACACACAAAUUUUAGAAAUGGUCUGAUUCAAAUCUAGCCACAAAUAUUUCAUUAUUUUUGUAAUUGAAAACUAAUGUUAGGAAAAUGAGAUUAUUGAUCUGGAAUGAUGACAUUUACCUGAACUUUAUGGUGUGAUGAUGGUGAACUUUUGCAUUGACAUCAAAAAAACAACUUUUCAUUCAUUCAGUUAAUUCACAACUUAAUUACAAUGAAAAUCAGCAUUCUCUAACAUGAUUUGAUUUUAUAUUUUAGUUGAUACAAAUCCCUCAUAUUUAGUUAUAUUACUGGCAUCAUGUCCAGCCAUUUUCCAAGAAAUCACAAUGACUUAAUUGUGCGGUAUGUCUGAAAAUGUUUUUUGUUUCUUGUACAAGGUUGGAGAUUUGCCAGAUGCAGAAGUGGCUCCACCAGAUAAUGUCUUAUUUGUUUGUAAGCUGAACCCUGUGACCACCUCAGAAGAUUUGGAGAUAAUAUUCUCACGAUUUGGUCCUGUUGUUAGUUGUGAAGUUAUCAAGGUAAGGAAAGAUUCAAAAUGCUUUUAAACAUUUUUUUCUGGCUAACCACGAGAAUAGCCCAGAUCAAAGAAGCCACAAAUUGAAAUACCAAAGUUUGAAUGAAUGACUCUAUAUCCUUUCUGGCAUAUGACAACUAUCCAAAGACAUAUUAGCUACAGACAUAAGGAGAGUCCAUGAUCUUGAAAAAAAAAGAAAAACACAUGAGAACUCCGUUCAAAGAAAAAGCCAAGACUCUGUUCAAAAUUACAACUCACAUUCAAGAACUUAACAGUUAUUCAUACUGCACAAUUAUUCGACGAAAAUCUUGCUACAGACUAAUUUUAAAGAACAAUGAAAAUCUCAAACAAGGAUUUUCAAGACUGAAAGAUAUGUACGAUGAAUAAAAAACAACAAAUGUCCAUUUAUUUGGAUCAAUAACAGUAUCUUAUCACAUCAUUUUCUUCAGGCGAUUGUUUUAAAUAUAACCCUGUGUCCUGCUUUCAUUCAAAAGGAUGCAAAAACUGGGGAGUCUUUACAGUACGCCUUUGUGGAGUUUGAGAAGCCAGAAAACUGUGAGAGUGCUUACUUCAAAAUGGACAAUGUUCUUAUUGAUGACAGACGCAUCCAUGUUGACUUCAGCCAGUCUGUCUCCAAGCUGAAAUGGAAGGGCAAAGGUUGGUAUCUCAAAUCAUUGUUUACCUUGUUCCUCUUUGGUGAUUGUUUAAGGUGUCUAUUGAUGAUACAAGAAUUACAAAACAUAAACCAUUAAGGAAAACUUGAAAGAAGAUGAAACAAAAAUAAGCAACGGGCAGUAAGAGGCCUUCUUCUGCUAAUAAAAAUGGUUAAAAAACAACAACAACAAAAACUUAUCUUAUGCUGUGCCAAGUCUUGAAAACUGUGAAGUGGAGUUUUCUUUUAACUUUUGUGUGGGCUUAUUAUUAUUUUUGUCUGCUCACUAUACUAGGAAAAUAUAUUUUUAAGAAUCAAUAUAAAAAUUACCUUGUGUGCAAUUUGUAUUCUUGGUACAAUGAUAACAAUUGCAUCCUUAGAAUUAGUUAAGUCACACAUGGUCUUAGAUAAUCCCAUCUGAAUUUCACUGGCACAAACUGACAGAAGAAACUGACUGCCACGAAAGAAUUUGUCACAGGGUGAAGAAGAAUAAAUGGUUAGAUUUUUUCGUAAGGAAUACAACAAGUGAGAUGUAUUACAAUUGCGUGUGCACUGUCAAUGUCUUUAGCAAAGACGGCUGCUUCACCAAUUUGAAAUAUUUUUUAUGAAUUUUAACAGAACCUGGUAAACUUUUCUAUUGGAUUAAAUUGUAUUCAUUGUUUCAUUGAACAGGUCAAGGUGUUGAGAUUAUGGCAACUGGGGAUGCACCAAUAUAUGUACUGAAAAAUCAGCAACGUAGAAAUGAGUAUCCUUUGAUCUUUGUCAUGGCAAUGGUUUUUACUUGCUUGAUAUUUUCAGCAUACAAAACUGCUCUUUCUCUCAACAAAAUUUUUUUAUUUGAUUAAGAGCAGGAAUUUUUUUUCUAAUAUGUCACUAGCCACAUAGUUUGCCCUUGACCCUGAACUAGCGGCUAUGACCUGGUCUAUGAGGAACAUCCAUCGGACAACCCAAAGAAGUCAAAGUUAGAGAAAAAGAAGAAAAGCAAAAAUCUCUCAGAUCAUGAAGAACGGGAGGACAAAUACGUAAAAAAGGUUUGAGCUAAAUGUGUUGUAUUACUAAACACAUCUGUAAAGUAGUCAUGCAAACAGAAAUGGUUGAAAAUAGUUCAUUUUGAUUUUAUGUUGUUUUUUUUUAUUUUAAUUUUUGUUUUGUUUAUUUGUUCAAUUUAAUUUCAAAUAUUGUUUAUUAUUAUGGUACUAAUUAAAAAAAAAAAUUUACAUUAACAUUACAAUUGUUUAAUUGUCCCCUUUAUUCUUUUCAAGGCUAAACAUAUCUUGUUACACUAUUUAUUUAUUGACAAGUUAUGUGUAUUUUUGUGUGUUUGGAUGAAGUUAUACUGUGUAUUUUUUAUCUGUUUCUCUGUUCUCAGUUUUUACAAAUAUGUUUAAAAUCAAUAUUUUUUCAAACUGAAAAUACUUGAAAACUAAAUUAAAAUGCUUAUUUUAUUGUAAUUUCAGCGAGGAAAAAGUCGCUCCAGAAGUCCAGUGGCCAGGAACAGAUCAGAUUAUGACAAAGACAAUUACAAGAACAGCAGGCAGUCAGACUCUAGACAUACUGACACUCGUAAAAGGAAUGAUUAUGACAGGCGGGGGAGAGAGGAUGACACAAGACUGAAGAAGGAUGAUUACGAUAGCAGAGAAAGGUCGAGAGAUGACAGAGACAGAAAAAAAAAUGAUAGAAGGGAAAUCCCAGAGAACAGAAGUAAGAGAGACAGGCUGGGAAGCGAUGAAAAUGGGAAGGGAGAUAAACGUAAAAGAAAGAAAUCUCACAGUACCAGUGCUGAGAGAGAAAGGGGACAUAAUUCAACCAAAAAAGAUAACUUUCAUGUAAGCAGCGACAGCGAUGAAGAAGACCAUGGGAAGAAAAAGAAGAGGAAGAAAUCAAAAAAGAAAAACCAUAAAAAGCAUAAGAGACACCAUGUGACCAGCAGUGAUGAAUCUGACCAGUCAGACGGCAGGAAAAGAGACAAGCGUGGCAGUCCCGAGGCAGCAAAAAAGUCCAAGAAGAAACACAAAGCUGACCAGUACUCGAGCGCUUCAGACAACUAGAAAUAAAUUUUGUAUUCAUGUUGAAAUUGAAAUUGUUAAAUAAAAUUGUUUGAAAAU